CCGUAGCCCGCGUAGCCGGCGUAGACUCAGUUGCCAGCAGUACGCACACCGAGACGCAUCUACUAUGGCCGAUAUCUCGAAGGACGAACUCCGCAAGGAGAUUACCGCUAUUCUCAAAGAUGCUGACCUUACUACAAUGUCAGCUAAGAAAGUGAGGCAACAAAUCGAGGAAAAACUUGAUGUUGAUCUUACAGAAAGGAAGAAAGAGGUCGAUGAUUUAGUAAUGGAAUGUCUUCAAGAGAAACAAGAUGGAGGAAAGAAAAAGAAGAAGGCGGCUAGUGAAGAGUCUGAAGAUGGUGAAGAGGAAGAGGAAGAAGGAUCUGAAGAGGAAGAAGAAGAAGAAGAGAAAAAACCAGCAAAACGAAAUCCUGGUAAAAAAACAACUAAUAAACGCAAGAAGGGAUCGUCUGAUGAUGAGGAAAGUGCUAGUGAUGACGAUGCUAGCGACGAAGAGUAUAGUCCCAAAAAACCUAAAACUGCGCCCAAAAAAAACAAGCCUGGUAAGAAGGGAAAGAAGAAGGGAAGCGACAGUGACAGCGAUGAAGACUGGGGCAAAAACAAAAAAGCUCCAGGAAGCACAGCGAAAAAGGGCGGUGGCAAAGGCAAAGGUGGUGGUGGUUACACGCGCGCUCUCACGCUAUCUCCAGAACUUGCCGCAAUUGUCGGUGCUGAACAAAUGGCCCGACACGAAGUCGUAAGGAAAGUAUGGAGCAUCAUCAAAGAAAGAAAUUUAUAUGACCCAAAAAAUAAGCAGUUCGCGAUUUGCGAUGAGGAAUUAAUGAAGGUGAUCGGCGUAAAGCGUUUCAGAACUUUCGGUAUGAUGAAAUACCUUAAAAAUCACUUUGUAGAUUAAAUCCAUUCUUCGAUCCUCCCGAUCUUCGACGAAGUAUAUAUAUUAUUAUAUAUAUACCUGUAUAACAUAUUCCAGGGUGCGUUUCGUGCACCUCCUCCAUCUUUCUCACACGAUACAUACGUAUUAUAUAUACGUGUAAUAUAUACAUAAAAACACAAAUGUAUUUCUUGCGACUUAAGACUUUAGAACAUAUUUACACAUCAUUCCGAUGUAUUCUGUCGCCCAUCGUAACCAUAUUUUGUUCUAUCGGUUAGAUUCUCUUUUUUUCUCAGCUUAUAUAUGUUGAUUCUGUAUAUUAUAAAAAUAUGACCUCCAGCGAUACGUUGGAAAUAGAGGUUUUAAAUAAAUUGUAAAAAUAUCUGAAAGUUUUUAUAGAUUGCUUUGACACAUUAAUCGAUUAACCUGUUGCGGUCUGCGGUACUUUCCUGAUCCACGAUGGAUUCACAUGCUUAAUUCUUUUUUUUUUUUUUUUUGUACUAAAGUAUAACA